AACAUCCCUAUUCUUCACCUAACUAUCAUUAGCGCCGUGUGGUGUAGUACGGUACAUGUGUACCAUCAUCAUCUGCCAACGUGUGUGUUUUGCUGCUCUCCGGUGUGCAGUGGAAGGAAAAGUGCAUCCGCUUACGCUAAAUGAGCGAAAUAUAGUAAAAAGUUAAGCCGAAAUGCAACAGACAGUGGGUGUGUUGGUGCGCCGAUGUGCACGAUGGUCGACGGUGGCCGGUGGCCGGAUUGCGUACCGUGGAAAUGGCAGCCGGGAAUGGUUAAUGUUACGGCAGUUGCAUCGAUUAGCACAGCCUACUAUUGGAAGUCAGCAUACCCGCCAGAAUCGUCCUUUUGCAACACUGGCAAGCAAGGCGAAGAAGGAGAAACAGAAGAAUGCAGCGGCCGAUAAAGCAGCCGCUGAUGCCGCUCAGGCUGGUCAGCCUUCGAAUGCUGGUGAAGAAUCCAAAGGUGGGCCGGAAUUCAUUGACCACCGCAUCAAGAUCUAUGACGAGCUGAUGGCUCAGUACAAGGAGGAACUGGAGAAGAAAGAGAAAACUCCCAUCAAGGUUACACUUCCCGAUGGCAAGCAGGUCGACGGGUUAAGCUGGCAAACAACGCCCUACGAUGUGGCAAAGGGAAUCAGCCAGGGAUUGGCGGAUAAUACCGUAAUAUCCCGCGUUAAUAACGAACUGUGGGAUCUGGACCGUCCACUGGAGGGUGACUGCAAGCUGCAGCUGCUCAAGUUUGACGAUCCCGACGCACAAGCCGUUUUCUGGCACAGUUCGGCCCACAUUCUGGGAGAAGCGAUGGAAAAACGAUACGGUGGUCAUCUUUGUUACGGGCCACCGAUCGACAACGGAUUCUACUACGAUAUGUUCCUGGAGGGUAGUGGCAUUUCUAACCAGGAUUACGGUUCGUUGGAAUCGGAAGUGAAGCGUAUCGUAAAGGAGAAACAACCGUUCGAGCGAUUGGUAAUGAAGAAAGCCGAUCUUUUGCGCAUGUUCGAGUACAACCAGUUUAAGGUGCGCAUUUUGAACGAGAAGGUUACAACCGACACGACAACGGUGUACCGAUGCGGCCCGUUGAUUGAUCUGUGCCGUGGACCGCACGUUCGAAACACGGGCAAGGUAAAGGCCCUGAAGGUGGUGAAAAAUUCGGCCACCUACUGGGAGGGCAAGGCGGACGCGGAAACACUGCAGCGCGUGUACGGUAUCUCAUUCCCCGAUCCGAAGCAGCUGAAGGAAUGGGAAAAGAUCCAGGAAGAGGCGGCCAAGCGCGAUCAUCGCAAGCUGGGCAAGGAGCAGGAACUGUUCUUCUUCCACGAGCUGUCGCCCGGCUCGUGCUUUUUCCAGCCGAAGGGUGCCCACAUUUACAACACGCUGAUGGGAUUCAUCCGGAGCGAGUACCGAAAGCGUGGCUUCCAGGAAGUUAUUUCGCCGAACAUCUACAAUGCGAAACUGUGGCAAACUUCCGGCCACUGGCAGCACUACGCGGAGAACAUGUUUUCGUUCGAGAGCGAAAAGGAAACGUUUGCGCUGAAGCCCAUGAACUGUCCGGGGCAUUGUCUAAUGUUUGACCAUCGGAAUCGAUCGUGGCGUGAACUGCCAUUGCGUAUGGCCGAUUUCGGUGUGCUGCAUCGGAAUGAGCUUUCCGGUGCGCUGACCGGAUUGACGCGUGUCCGUCGGUUCCAGCAGGACGAUGCACAUAUCUUCUGCAUGUCGGAGCAGAUCCGCGAAGAGAUCACCGGUUGUUUGGACUUUUUGCGCCACGUGUACACGGUUUUCGGUUUCACCUUCAAUUUGGUUCUGUCUACACGGCCCGAGAAGUAUCUGGGUGAGAUUGAGGUUUGGAACGAAGCCGAGAAAGCACUGGCCGAAUCGUUGGAUAAGUUUGGUGAGCCGUGGAAAGAAAAUCCGGGCGACGGUGCGUUCUACGGUCCGAAGAUUGACAUUACGAUUAUGGAUGCGCUCAAGCGAAACCAUCAAUGUGCGACGAUUCAGCUCGAUUUCCAGCUCCCGAUUCGGUUCAACCUGAACUACAUCGAUGACAAUGGCGAAAAGAAACGGCCGGUCAUCAUUCACCGUGCAGUGUUGGGCUCGGUGGAACGUAUGAUUGCCAUUCUGACGGAAAAUUAUGCCGGAAAGUGGCCGUUCUGGCUGUCACCACGGCAAGUAAUGGUGGUACCGGUUGGACCGGUGUACGAUGAAUAUGCGGAUAAGGUGAGACAGCGCCUGCACGAGGCAGGAUUCAUGGUGGAGGCCGAUCUGGAUGCGGGCGACACUAUGAACAAGAAAAUCCGCAACGCACAGCUGGCACAGUUUAACUUUAUCUUGGUGGUUGGCGAGAAAGAACGCAGCUCGGAAACGGUAAAUGUACGCACGCGAGACAACAAGGUCCACGGUGAGGUAUCGGUCGACGAUUUGGUAACAAAGCUUUCUAAGCUGCGCGACGAGUAUGCUCGCGGGGAGGAUCAGUUCUAAAUCGACCGGAACUCUCCUGUGCAUUUAGUGAUGCAUAUCGUUCGCAAUGUAAAGAAGCUCCUAAUAAUCAACUCGUUGCAUCGAAUAUGAAAGCCAAUGUGUCGCGUGGAAUUGCAGUGAUUAGACAGGGUCUACUAAUUCUUUGAAUUUUCUACUUAAGUUAUUGUUCAUCAUACGUACGCGUGCUUGUACCACUAUCUCCCCGAUACUGUAAUGAAAUAAAUUUUAUUCGGAAUCGUAAA